CUUCCAGCGAAUAUCCGCGCACUUCAUGCUUUCUGGACUCUACCCACUCACAUACACCCACUUCUGGUGAGGACCACAACCUUUGCCUAGGCAGCCGCAAGACGGCAAGAUUCAGCUGCGAGUGGUCGGUCCGCGUGUUUCGCGGCGCCUGGCGCUAUGGGGAGGAUCAAGAAGGUCGCUACUGAGCGGCACACUGCCACGCUCUCGCCGUUUGUUGAUGACUUUGUCAAGCACUCCACCGAGUUGCCGCUUCAUCAACUACCUGCACACCUCGAGGCAUUUCCACAGCACUGGCCAUUGCCGAGAGGCGACCUGUAUCACUGGAUUCCCCUGCUGGAUCGAUUUGAUCAUGUCCUAGAGUUGUUCAAUAAAGAGUAUGCGCUCAACAAUGGUCCUCAGACACAACCGUUCGAGAGGCGGCUGUUGGAGAAGGGUGAUGCUGAAGAGAACAUGCCGUAUCCCGCCGUUGGUGGCCAGACACAUGAACUCGAUGCAGCUGGCUACUCGUCAGAGGGCGAUCGGGAGCUGGUGGAAGCGGUGCUCCGCUUUACACGACUGUUGCUGGAGCACUGUGGCAAUCGCAGCUUGUACGCCAGUAGCACCCAUAUCAACGACUUGCUCCACACAACCUCAUUGAGCUUGCUCCAGCUGUGCUUAAGACUUGGUCUGCGGCUUGCGCAGCGAUAUCAGGUUGCUCGGUAUAAGAAUCACAACCCAACGCAUCAAGCGGUGCUCCUUGCCAACCACUACAACAUCAACAUCGACAAUUUGCACAAGAUCGCAAUGCCGUUCCCCAAACCGCACAGUGCAGCGAGUAGCUCGGCAUCAACGCCUGCCAAAGCAAAGGACAAAGCGACGCAGGCCCCUUCCUUCGUCCCAGCAGAUCUGAUUUCCAUUGCUAAAGAUCCGUUACCAGUGACUGUUCGCAAAGAAAUCUCAGCCGUGACGAUCAGCUAUUAUGAGCAGACGCAGCCCGCAGCGCCUUCUGGGCCCCUGUCGCAACCGAAUGAUACGGUGCCCACAACACCCACACCAGCGAGACGGACGUCUAACUUAGGACCCUCACGCGAUCGACCAGCAACGGGCGACAGGCUUCCCUCGAGCGACGACGCAUCUGCCAUGGUCAGCAAAGGUCGUGAUAAUGAAGGAUCCUCAUCGACGGCGCCCAAAUUGUUCCAGAUUCCGUCCACCAGAGUUGCACAGUCUCCGGCGUGGGCAUUGGUUAGAGAUUCCAUACCCAGCGUUCCGAAUGAAUUGCGAUACGAACUGCUCAAUCGCAUCCGCAUUGCCAAAGCAUUUUCUUCCUCAGAUAUCAGUGCUCAGGAGAUACUCGAGCUUCGGUUACUUGCUAUUGCGAAUCUAGCAUAUGCUCUCAGCGAGGGCAAGUUUCAAGAUCGAGUAGGCCUUGCCGACGCCGAGGAGCCGAGAAGAUUCCACCUUGCUCAGCAGUUGUGCGAUUUGUUACAGCCUGCCGCAAAUGGUCAGACAGCCUUGACACUGCAGACAGAGACCACGGUUGUCAUGACCUUGGAGGCGCUGACCAAGACUCGGCACAAAGUGUCUGAAGUGGCAGACGCUCUUGCCAUCUCCGUCAACCAUGGCGUCUUGUACUAUGAGCUGCGUAAGGUUGUGGCUACCUUAGCUGAGCAGCAGAGCGUUGACAAGGCGGCCGAGCUCGAUGAGAGCAAGUGGCGUGAUGCGGUUUUCGAUCUGGUCAAUAGUCUGCUUCAGUCCAACGCGCAAGCUCGAUACGGAGAGAAGAUGGUGGCCGCUGGGAUCAUGGGCAUAUUGGCAGAAGCACUCACCCUGCGCACCUCGCGUUCCGAGCGUUUCUACGAACGCAUAUUGCAGUUUUUCGACAGUUUCAUACACGGCAUAGCCAGCGCCUUUCAGACCCUGGCCGACAUCAAGGGUCUCGAUACCAUUGCCGAUCUGACUGCCUUCCAGGUGGAAACAGCACUCCAGCAUGCGAGUAGCGGUAAUGGGCUCCCACAGGCGCACAAAUCCAAAGUGGUCGACUACGACAUUCCGUUCUACCAGCAAUCUACCCUUCGCCAGGUCUUCAAGAACACUGUGCACAUGUUCGAACACAACACAGGUGGCCAUGAUCGCUUAUUGAGAAAUCUGAUUGACACCCCGCAGGUUCUUGGUGCUUUGCGCAGCGUGAUCGAGAACUCGGCGAUCUUCGGUGCGAAUGUAUGGAGCGGCGCGGUCAACAUUGUCAGCAGCUUUAUACACAAUGAGCCCACGAGUUAUCAGGUGAUUGGCGAAGCUGGUCUCAGCAGGAGCUUUCUAGAGUCUAUCACCGGUCAGAAGAUUCCUGAAAACUUGCCAUCGCCCGGCGAGAUCGUGGCUGCGUCCGAGACCGCUAGCAUUGUGGCAGACGGCUCUGGUCAUAUACUUUCUCCCUCGAUUGCUGAGAUUCUCCCCGUUGGAGAAGUUUUAUGCGAUGUGCCAACGGCCUUUGGAGCAAUUUGCUUGAACGAGAAUGGUAUGCAGCUUUUCCAGGCAUCCGGAGCGCUCGUCAAGUACUUUGGCAUAUUUCAUUCACCGACACAUGUGCGUGCGAUGGAGGACGAAGGCCAAACUGCUACCACGAUUGGACACUCGUUCGAUGAAUUGGCGCGGCACCAUCCUCGACUCAAGGCUCAAAUAAUGUCAGCCGUAUUCAACAUGCUCAAGCGUGUCAAAGAGCUUACCGCCAUCUUGUCGCAAGCAAAGCACGCGGGCGCCAAGCUAUGGGAGAAUGUCGACGGCAAACUAGUUGUCUCUGGCGGUAGUGCUGCACUCACACCUGCCCUUCCAAGGUCCGUAGAACAGGUUGCGUCGAGCGAUACGAUCGAAGAUGAUGGCACUGAAGACGAGCGAGAGCGUGCGCCCGCCAUACCCUAUCUCAGCGCAGCCUUCAAAUUCCUGGAAGGAUUUUUCCACAACAACAGCAUGUGCAGCUUGUUCUGCGAAGAAUCGGGCGCCGAACUCCUCCUCGACCUUGCUAUGAGUCCGAGCAACCCGUAUGAUAUGGUUGCAUUUCCCCUUUUCAGCAAAAUCGCUCAAGUUCUUAAGACGAUGUGUGAAGCCAAGGCUGCAUUGGUGUUGCCGAGCAUUAUCAGAAGGACUCAGCAAGCCACCAGUAGCCUCAAGCCCUUUGCCAACAUCGACACUAGGACAUGCUCCUUCUCAGGAUUCCUGGAUGUCUCACGGCCCAGAACAUCAGCUUUGCCGGAAGGCGUGGAUGGAACCACGAUCGUCAAAGCUCUGCUCUCCACGCACAUGCUGACUCACAUUUUGGGUCGCACCAUGGCACCCCCUCCGUACACUUUGCGACAUGGUAGUCAAAAUAAUCACCUCUUCAGCAGUCUCAACUUCACGGAUGUCUAUCUUGAACUUGUGGAUGACCUCAGCAAAUUACAUGCAGCCUGUAGCUGGGAGGGUCUGCUUAUGCUACGUGACAUGUCCGAUCAAGUCAUGAGCAAGACAGAGCCUCGUGCGUUCAACAUGCGUCGAAUUGACGCGAACGGACACGUCGAGCUCGCAGUCGAUCGCAAUGAUUCUGCACGCUAUGGUCUCAACACGUCCGCCGACCCCGUGCCCAAGGAAGGCCAAUCGCGCGAGUCUGUCCUUGGCAUGAAGAAUUCCCGUACCAUCCGGUACCUCCUGAGUCAAGUACCGAUGGGCAUUGAAUCAUUCUACCACUCCCUCGGCCAGGCCAUCGUGACGAAGCGAAGCGAAACAAUUGUCAGGCAGCACGCCAUUCUCGUCGCAGAACAGCUUGCCCAAGCCAUUAUUUGGGAGAUCGACUUCAGGCGCAACGAGCGCCACGAAGAGAUCCUGGAAACAAAGUACAUCUGCCAAGUGCUGAAGAUGAUUGGUCGUAUGCUUCUUCGAAAUUCGUAUUCCAUGGAGGCUUUCGGUACCAAAGAGGCUCUGACACUGGUCAUGACGAAAUUUUACAGUGCGGGCGGGUUUGAAAAGCUGAAUGGUUACCUGGAUCGGUUUGUGCAGCUGCUUGUCAAGCAGUCCGAGAAGGACAAAGUGGAUGCUUCGGUCAAGGAUGCUAUUGCGGCCAUAUUGACCUUCUAUGGCCAGAUUGUGCGCCCCAAAUGUAUCACUGAGGCUGGUCAAUCCUCCAUCAUUGCUCUCAGAGACCGUACUCAGCCAGAUUAUUUCCAGCCUGGACAGUUUCUCGUCGAGGUGCGGCGUGCAAUCUUACCAGCAGUCAGCAAGAUUUGGCACUCUGACCAGAUUGACUCACUCAGCAAAGCAAAUGUCGAGUCCAUAAUCAGUAUUCUGCGACUCGUUCUGAAGGCUGAAGGCGAAGAGCGUGCUAUCAGGCGCUCUGAAAAUGUGAGCAGGCGUGUACUGGCCCACAGGCCUGAAUUCAAGCUUUUUGGCACCCAACACCUCGGCGCAUUGACAGAAGCAGGCUUCGACGUCGUCCUUAGCCGUGAAGCACUGUAUCGUUGCUGCAACAGCCAACACCUCGCAGAGGCAUACUGUAAACUGAGACAAAAGGAUUCUCUCGUUCCACGCUUCCCAAUUCCCGAAGGAGAGUCUGCGGCAGGAGGCGAUACUACCAAUCGGCGCCCACAGUCUGACGCUCAGACACAAACUUCGACGACACAAGGAGAUGCUGGCAGCAGUGUCAAUACGGACGAUGACCAUAGUCGAAGCAGCAUCCACACUGACGCGCUUACAAUGGAUGUGGAUGGCAACUCGCGCCUUGUCCUCUCCUCCGACGAUAAUACCUCAGAAGACGACUUUGGGACGCUGGGUCGUAUCCCCGACGAUAUGCAAUUGGACACGAGUGAUCUCGUCGCGGCCAUUGGCAACCCUGCAGCACUCAGUAUACUACAACCCAUGAAUGCACCUGGUCCAGGACUGCCGGCCGAGGACAGUCAUCAGCCUUUCGUCACGAUCGAUGAUCUCAACGACGAUCGUGAUGAACUACGUCAAAACCUCAUAGACCAAUGUCUCAAUGUGCUCAGUACACAAGAUGGUAUCACCUUUGAGCUGGCCGAUCUGAUUCAAGCUGCGGUAGCCAAAGCUGGCGACGGCGCGAACCCUCGAGCUGACAUUGGUACCACAUUGGUGUCUUCAUUGCUGUCCUUGCAGGGUGAGGAACCCAGUGCUGACUCUGGGAAGAAGAUACAUGCAUACGCUCACCUGGUCGCGCUCAUCCUUCAGGACCGUGACUUCUUCGACUCCACAUUGGAUGAGCUCAAAGAGAGUUUCGACAGUCUGGUUAAGUGGGUACUGCUGGAACCCGAGCAGAAGCCAGAAGACGCUCCCUGGAUUGAGAUGAUUCUCCUUAUCAUCGAACGUGUGCUUGCAGAGGAUGAACAGCCCAUGGAAGUUGCGUGGGUCCCGCCGCCGAGCGAUGAGCCUUUGAAACCUUUGCCUACGAUCACCCGGCCAGAUCCCGUAGUCUCGUCGGAAUUGCGCACACAGCUUUUCGAUGCUCUCGAAGGGCUCCUACCGAAGGUGGGUAAGCACAAGUCGUUGGCAUUGUCAGUAUGCCGAGUGCUUGUCGUCUUGACGCGCAGCCGAGACCUGGCCAUGCGAUUGAGUGCCAAACAGACUCUGGGGAAGCUCUUCCUCAUGGUGAGACAACUCGGGGCACCUCUUGACGACAAGCUGCAAGCCUCUUUCCUGUUAAUUCUGCGACAUAUUGUCGAAGAUGAUCAGACCGUUCGUCAGAUCAUGAGAGCCGAAAUCAAGGUGGCAUUCGACAAUCAUCGCUCGAGCCGAGCCAUGGAUACAUCGUCGUAUACUCGCAAUCUCUAUCACUUGGCGAUUCGCAACCCAGAUGCUUUCGUAGACGUGACGCAGGAGAUGCUCGAAAUCACACGCUACGAUGGAAAUCCCCACCGUGGGCAGCAGCUCGGUCUGAAGAGGCCAGCAGAGCCCGAGCCCGAACCUCCACGGUCAAUUCCAGCAUCUGCAGGAUCUGAGAUGAUUGCCCCAGUUGCUGACGGUCAAAAGGCCACAGAAGUGAAGAUGCCCAGCGUGGAGGGCUCAGAUGGUAUUGUGCAGUUUUUGUUGCGCGAGUUGUCUUCCUACAGAGAAGUUGCAGAUCCAGUAUCUGGUAGAGAGCCCCAACAAGAUCUGUCGGGAUCCGAAACUGCGACCGUUGACAUCGAGAUGGCUGAUGUCUCUCCAGCAAUCGCAAACUUCACGGCACUGCCAAAGCCACUCGACGCGAAGAGUGAGAAGCCCCCAUUUAGGGCAGAGGAACACACGAUCUACAUUUAUCGCUGCUUCCUUCUGCAAUGUUUGGCUGAGCUUGUGGCGUGCUACAAUCGCUCGAAGCUCGAGUUUAUUAAUUUCUCGCGCAAGUCGGAUGCUCAGCCGGCAACACCAUCCAAGCCACGUUCUGGCACGCUCAACUACCUCCUGAAUGUGCUUCUACCUGUGGGCACGCUCGAACAUCGGGACGAUGUCGUACAUCGCAAGAGAGCUGCGACAUCCAACUGGACCAUCAAUGUUCUCGUGUCAUUGUGUACAAAGACGCAAGAGCGGCAAGCAAGUGGUCUGCCUUCCUUCGAUUCGAUCGAAUUCGAGAAACAGGAACCGGAGCUCACAUACGUGCGCAAAUUUGUCCUCGAGCACGCCUUGCGUUCGUUCAGAGAGGCCACUGCGUCUUCUGAACCGCUUGACCAACGCUACUCGCGCCUGCUGUCGCUGGGCGAACUAUUCAACCGCAUUCUCAAUGGCAAGGUGGAUCUGCAGAGAUCUAACGUUGUCGCUGCUGGAACAUUUUCUGCUCAUCAACAGAUAGGGCGAUUGAUGUAUGAGAAGAACUUCAUCGGUGCUUUCACGUCGGCGAUAGCAGAGCUUGACCUCAACUUCCCCCAUGCAAAGCGUGCUGUGAAGUACAUCUUGGGCCCUUUGAAGCAACUCACGGAGCUGGGCGUCACUCUCAGCCAAAGCCCAGAUGCUUCCUCCACCGAUCCUCGCACCAGUACUGACGAGGACGAGAUCUCGUCCGCCACAUCAGUCUCUGACGAUAAUGAGGAGCGUGAACAGACGCCAGACCUCCUUCGCAACACGACCUUGGGCGAAGAUGAUGACGAGUCUGACGAUGAGGAGGAUGAUGAGGACGAUGGCAUUGACUAUGACGAAUAUGACGAGGAAAUGGAUUACGACGAGGAGGAGAUGCCUGAGCAUGGAGACGUCGUCAGCGACGAGGACGAAGAUGGUCUCGGAGACUUGGGCGACAUUGAAGGUCGACCAGGGGACAUCGAUAUGGACAUGGAUGCCAUGGAAGAAGAUGAUGAUGACGAAGAAGAUUCGGACGACUCUGACGAUGAAGACGACCAAGAAGACGAUGAUGAGAUGGGUGAUGACUACGAUCACGCCCAUCUCGAAGAGGUCACUGGAGACGACGAGAAUGCCAGCCUGGACGAACACGACGCCGAUGAAUGGGAGGAGGAAGGCAUGGUGUUCGAACCACGCGACAUGGUCGUAGAUGGCGUAGAUGGCGGCUCUCCUCAUGGAGGUGCACUCGAGCACCUUGAGCACGUGCUCGGUGCUGACGACCCAUCGGAUCUGGGCGACCACGAUCACGGCCACCUGGUCAGAAUCGACAUGGGCGACGGGGAGGAAGAGUUCUUUGAUGACGAAGUCGCUCCGGAGGACGACGAAGACGAAGAAGAGGCUGAUUAUGGAGCGGAUAUCGUCUACGAUGAUGGCGAAGACGCUGAUGGAGGGUGGGCAUGGGACAUCCAGCCGGCUGCCGCAGUGCUACGUGGCGCACCUCAUCAUCACCACCAUCAUCAUGGUCACCUCCCUCGGGGUGGAUUCACCGAGAUGUUUGGGAUGAUGAACGACCCUUUGCGUCCGAUGGGCAUCAGAUCUCAUCGCUCCACGCCUAACGCGCGUGACGAAGAAGGAAUUAACCCUCUACUUCAGAGAUCUAACAGUUCGCGAGCGGAGCGAGAUGGGCUCGAGGUAACAGCUGGUCGAGUGGGUGCACGUCGCACAUUCCUACCGCGUGCAGGCCCGGAAGCUAUCCUUCAGGAGCUGGUUGCCACGGUGGGCCCAAAUGUCGGUGGACAUGGAAUCAUCAACGUCAACAUGGACGGUGCAGCCUUGCCGGGCCUUGAAGGCCUUGCGCCCACAUUCACAGUGCACACGAGAACAGGCGCGCACGCUAUGAUCGACAUUGAUCCUGCCCGCCCUCUGCGCGAGCAGUUUGGCACACUAGCAGACGGUCGGCGGUGGGCAGAGAUAAUUCCCGGUGGGCACCUGCCCGAGCGCGGCAGUACUGGCAACGAAGAAGCUCAGGCUGUAGAGUGCCGGCUCGGCUCUACUGCCAGUCGGUGGCAAGAAGAAGCUCGUAUGCUGUUCCCUGGGAAGUUCCACGAGAAAGCACUUCGUUUGAUCAACAUGCUUCUUCGCACCUUGGUACCAGCUGCUAUGGAAGCUAAGAGAAUUCGGGACAAGGAAGAAGCGGAGCGCAAGGCUGCCGCGCUGAAGGCCGAACAAGAAGCCCGCGUGAAGGCCGAGGCUGAGCAGGCGGAGAAAGACGCGCGAGAGAAGAGAGAGCGCGAGGAACGAGAAGCUCAUGAGCGUGCUGAACAAGAGGCGAGGGCUCGCGCGCAAGCUGAGCAAGCUGCCGCCGCUGACGAAGCCACCGAGUCCAGCGGGAUGGAAGGUAUCGAACAAGGCCAAGACGACUCAACAGACGAGACGCAACCUCAGCCUGAAACGGGUUCCACCGAAUCUGCACGAACAGGGCCACGGAUUACCAUUAGCCUUCGUGGCCGUGAGCUCGAUAUCACUACUCUCGGGAUCGAUCGCGAGUAUAUUGAAGCUCUGCCAGAGGAUAUGAGAGAAGAGGUCAUCAUGGCGCAAUUCGCCGAGCAGCGUUCACAGGCUGUCCAGUCUGGAGAGCCGCAGAGUGAAAUCAGCCGAGAGUUCCUCGAAGCUCUUCCCCCGGACAUCCAGCAAGAGCUUCUGAGAUCAGAGCAGUUCGAGCGUCGCCGUCGCGAGCGGGACGAGGAACGUCGCCGGAGAGCCCAAGAGGGCGGUCAGCCAGCGGCUGCAGCGCAACCUGACGACAUCAAUACCGCUGACUUUAUGGCCACCCUCGACCCUGGUCUUCGUCAGGCAGUUCUGUUGGAUUCCGACGAGACUGUCAUCGCAGCACUUCCCGAGGCCAUCCAGGCUGAAGCCCGCGCAUUGUUCAGCGAUCGUCGACCGCGUGGAGAACCUGCAGGUAGGCUCGGCCGUACCAUGGAGGGCGCUGCUGCACGUGUCCUCAACGGACUUGGUGCUCCAGGGCGUGCAGAGGGCGCAGCUCGUGAGCCAAGUCGACCACGCCGACCAGUAGCCCAAAUGCUAGACAAGGCGGGUAUUGCCACGCUGUUGCGCCUGAUGUUUGUCUCUCUGAAUCACAAGGCGAAGAGUAAUUUACAUGGCAUUUUGUCAGAUGUCUGCAAGAAUACGCAAAACCGUGCAGAGGUCAUCAGCAUUCUGCUGUCCAUUCUGCAGGAUGGCACUGCCGAUUUGAACGCUGUUGAGCGUAGCUUUGCACAGUUGUCGCUCAGAGCCAAGCAGCCAACAGGACCAAAGACACCCCAGCCCUUGAAACGCAGUCUUACCGGACAACAAAGCUUUACGCCAACCACCGACUUGUCGCCGCUCAACAUUGUGCAGCAGUGCCUAGGCACACUCAACGCACUGGCCGGCGACAAUCCUCGUGUGCCAUCGUUCUUCCUGAGCGAGCAUGAGACCAUUGCAAGCCAGAAAGCGACGCCUGCAAAGAAAGGCAAAGGUCGAGAAACCAGAGCUGCCAAGUUCCCGCUCAAUGCCCUGCUGACGCUGCUUGACCGUAAGCUGAUAACCGAGAAUACUGCUGUAAUGGAGACGUUAGCGUCACUUCUCAGCCAGGUAACGCAGCCGCUCACGAUUUUAUUGCGCCGCGCAAAGGAGGCACAAGGCGCUGAGUCGACGGAACCCAGCCAGCCAGCAGUGCCCACCGAGCUUCAGGGCACUGCUACAAGUACAUCCGAUGUGGCGAUGCACGAAGCGCCUAUCAGUGACACUGCGAACGACGCGCACGACAAGCCCAUGACGCCGGUGGCCGACGCCGAUGCCAAGAAGAGGCAUCGCGACUUGGUGCCACCCGAGGUUCCUGAAGAGAACAUCGGCUUAGUCGUGAACAUACUCGCCGCUCGCGAGUGUCCUAGCAAGACUUUCAGUGAUACUCUCGACAUCAUUAAAAACUUGUCCGCCAUUCCAGGCGCGAAGUCAGUCUUUGGCAGGGAGCUCACAAGACAGGCGCAAGAGCUCGGCGACGCCCUGUUGGCUGACUUAGGAGAACUUGCUAAGCAGAUCAACCUUGCCGCGACCGGUACUGAUUUACAGGGCGUGGCUCUUGCAAGCUUUUCUUCUGCUGGCUCGAAGCAGAAGAAGCUCCUUCGUGUAUUGGUCGCGCUGGAUCACUUGUUCGACCCCAAACGCACGCCGCAGACUUCGAUCACGCUCGACUCUAGCACUGAACAAAAGCUCAAGGACGACAUCCUUGCCACCCUGUACCAGAGCUCUGCAUUCCAGAAGCUAUGGGAGAGUCUCAGCGUUUGUCUCACAGCUAUCCGCCAGCGCGGUAACAUGGUCAAUGUUGCUACCAUCCUGCUGCCGCUCAUUGAGUCCCUCAUGGUGAUGUGCCGCAACGGCGCACUGAAAGAAGCGCCCGCGACAGUCACAUCACCUGCCGAUGCUAACGUUGGCACACCGCCCCCUGGCACAAGCAUGGAGAACCUUUUCUUCACUUUCACCGAUGAGCAUCGCAAGAUCCUCAAUGAGCUCAUCCGCAAUAAUCCCAAGCUGAUGAACGGCAACUUGGCCGUGUUGGCCAGAAACUCGAAAGUGCUCGAAUUCGACAACAAGCGUGCUUACUUCAGCCGCAAGCUCCACGACCGCCGUACCGAGGCCCGUGUCUCUCAUCCGUCCUUGCAGCUGAACAUACGCCGAAAUCAGGUCUUCCUUGAUUCAUUCAAAUCCUUGUAUUACAAGACCGGGAACGAGAUCAAGUAUGGAAAGCUCAACAUUCGAUUCCAUGGAGAAGAAGGUGUAGAUGCUGGUGGUGUAUCGCGCGAGUGGUUUGCUGCUAUGGCACGACAGAUGUUCAACCCUGACUACGGUCUAUUCAAUCCUGUCGCUGCUGAUCGCACCACAUUCCACCCCAACACACACAGCGGGGUCAACGAUGAGCAUUUCAUGUUCUUCAAGUUUAUUGGCAGGAUCAUCGGCAAAGCACUCUACGAGAAUAGAGUGCUGGACUGCCAUUUCAGCAGAGCAGUGUACAGAAAGAUCCUGGGCAAGUCUGUGUCUCUCAAGGACAUGGAGUCACUCGAUCUCGAUUACUACAAGUCCCUGGUGUGGAUUCUGGAGAACGACAUCACAGACGUGACCUUCGAGACUUUCUCCAUCGAUCUCGAUAAGUUCGGUGUCACCGAAACCAUUGAUCUGAUUGAGGGCGGUCGUGAUAUCCCAGUCACUGAAGAGAAUAAGCAUGAAUACGUCCGCCACGUGGUAGAAUACCGCCUCAUCAAGUCUGUGCAAGAACAGCUGGACAACUUCCUUCAGGGAUUCCACGAAGUGAUUCCGGCUGAGCUGAUCUCCAUCUUCAAUGAACAGGAGCUGGAACUGCUCAUCUCUGGGCUCCCCGACAUUGAUGUUGAUGACUGGAAGAACAACACUGAAUACACCAACUACACGCCUACUUCCCCACAAGUGCAGUGGUUCUGGCGAGCGGUCCGCAGCUUCGACAAAGAGGAAAAGGCCAAGUUGCUGCAGUUCGUCACCGGCACCAGCAAGGUCCCACUGAAUGGCUUCAAGGAACUCGAAGGCAUGAAUGGCUUCUCACGAUUCGCGAUUCACCGUGACUACAGCAACAAGGAGAAGUUGCCGUCCAGUCACACUUGCUUUAAUCAACUCGACCUUCCAGAGUACGAUAGCUACGAGCACCUUCGACACCAGCUCUACACUGCCAUCACCGCAGGCAGUGAGUAUUUCGGCUUCGCAUAGAUGUAGUAUAGAUGAUUGCAGCAGCACAUGGGCGCCGGAGUUCAGGAGCCUCGAUCGAAAGAGGUCUAGCAGCAUUUGCAUGGCGCAGAUGGUUGCAUUGUUUUUUUUUUGUUUCUAAUUCGAGUGGCGGGUUGCUCGAAAUGGUGUCGAAUUGCAGGGUUUCGACCGGACUUUCAAACAGAAUGUAGCAACAGCAUAGCUCGUAGACAAGGUUGGAAGUGUACCGUUAUGGAUCUGUUCUCUUCUUCGG